GCACCCUCCAGCCAUGAAUUAGUUUUUCCUGGCUCUGGUGCCUCUCAGUGUUGGCAUGGUGCUGUACAUGGUUCUUGUCAUUUUGAGCCUCUUGCCACUGCUGGAGGCCCAGAACCCAGAACCUGCCAGCAUCACAGGCACAGCUAUUACCAACGACACGCUGAUCUGGCUCUCUGGCAAAUGGUUUUACAUCGGCUCUGCUCUACACAACCCUGAGUUCAAACAGGCGGCUCAAAAGAUACAGGCAGAAUAUUUUUACUUUACCCCCAACUUGACAGAUGACACCAUCCUGAUCCAGGAGUACCAGACCACGGAGGACCGGUGCGUCUUUAACUCCAGCAAGCUGGAAGUCCAGAGAGAGAAUGGGACUCUCUCCAAAUUCGAGGAAGCGGUAGAACAUGUUGCCCACCUGAAAGUGUUCAUGAAACAUAGGGGCUUCAUGCUUGCCUUUGCCCCAGAAGACAAGAAGAACUGGGGACUGUCCUUGUACGCGAAUGAGCCAGAAACUGCCCCAGAGCUUCUUGAGGAAUUCCUGAAAGCUGUCAAAAGUCUGGGCAUGGAUGGGUCAGAAAUCAUUUAUACGGACUGGAAAAAGGACAUGUGCAGUCAGCAGCAGAAGCAGCGUGAGCUGGAGAGAAAGAAGACAGAGGAGGGUCCCUAGGAAGGCCUGGCGUGGCCUGGCCUGGCCUCUGUGUUCUGUUUUCAUGCUCACCCCGCCCACCCUGUGCAUCUUGGUCCUUUCUUCACACCAAUAAAG